AUGGAGGUUCUGCAUGAGCCCGAAGGGCUGAUUCUCACUCAAAGGAAAUUCACUCUCGAUUUGUUAUCUGAAUUUGAUUGCCUCCAUAAGUCUCCAGUUUCUUGCCCACUUGAUUCGACUGUUCGUUUGUUGGCCAAUACAGGUGCUCCUCUCCAAGAUCUUACCUUGUAUAGGCAUUUGUUUGGCAAAUUGAAUUACUUGACACAUACACGGUUGGAUCUCGCUUUUAUAGUACAACAUCCGAGCCAAUACAUGCAAGAUCCAAGAUUACCUCACAUGACUGCUGCUCUUCGAGUUCUUCGCUAUCUCCUCAAAGACCCGGGUCUUGGUCUUUUUCUGUCUUCUUCUUCCUCGUAUCAAUUGCUCGCUUUUUGUGACUCUGAUUGGGAAGCUGAGUAUCGUUUAAUGCGGCGUGUUGUCGCCGAGCUCACUUGGCUUGUAUGCCUCUUUGAAGAUCUCUCAGUUCCCAUUUCUCUUCCGGUUCCCCUUCACUCAGACAGUUAG